GCGGAGUCGAGGUCGGGCGGCGGCGGAGCGGGCAGAGCGGGCGCCGAGCCCCGCCAUGGCCCGGAACACCCUGUCCUCGCGCUUCCGUCGGGUGGACAUUGACGAGUUUGACGAGAACAAAUUCGUGGACGAGCAGGAGGAGGCGGCGGCCGCGGCGACCGAGCCAGGCCCGGACCCGGGCGAGGUGGACGGGCUCCUGCGGCAAGGGGACAUGCUCCGGGCCUUUCACGCCGCGUUGCGGAACUCUCCCGUCAACACCAAGAAUCAAGCUGUGAAGGAACGAGCCCAGGGUGUUGUGCUGAAAGUGCUUACAAAUUUUAAGAGCAGCGAAAUUGAGCAGGCUGUGCAGUCACUGGACAGAAAUGGCAUUGACUUGCUAAUGAAGUACAUUUAUAAAGGGUUUGAGAAGCCCACAGAAAAUAGCAGCGCAGUGUUACUUCAGUGGCAUGAAAAGGCAUUAGCAGUAGGAGGACUAGGCUCCAUUAUAAGAGUUCUUACAGCGAGAAAGACUGUUUAAAAUAAAAAGGGACUCUUGUUACCUUGCGAAGAAUUUUGGAUGCCCAAGCCGGUGAAGACGGGAUUGACAACGACCAUCUUCCUAGGACUCCCAACUAAACUAUUGCAGGACGUGCAUCCACUCAAGUGUAUUUUAUUUUCAAGGUGGAGGGAGAAAUCGUCUUACUGUUUCCUAAAUCCUUUGCAGGAUCUGAUAGUCUAUGCCUUUGUCCACAAGAAUGCAGAACUGACAUUGUGACUGUCUCCCAGAGGGACUGGCCAGCGUUGGUCAGGGAUACCUGUGUGCACUGCCUGUUUAAAACGGGAGCGGGAUGAUCCGGGCAGGUGCAGAUCCAAGGGCUGUGGUGAAAGGGAGAGUUGUGUUUUUUUUUUUUUUUUUAAGUGGAAAAACCCUGAGGGUUUGUACAGCGUCCGACCUCCCCCAGAAGCCGGGCUCUCUUGGGUUCCUUGUAAAGUGCCUGCUGCAUCAAUAAAGCUCUUGGCUUAUUAGAUAUAC